AGAGAGAAAAAAAGCUGUUGUUGACUCACGUUUGACGUUAAAAGUAGCAGAAUCACUUCUGUAUACUUUAGAAUAGGAGAUCCAGAGUGCGAAAAUGUUUUCUCCCUGUUUAUGUUUAACCUCUGGUUUUUCUUGGAUCUGAUUCUUAGUAGGCGGUCUUAUCUUACUGAAAUUGCAUCCUCUACAUCAACCCCCCCCCUUCAAGAAAAGGGUCCGAUCUGUAAAAGCAUGAAAAUGCAUCCUCCUGGGUUACUGUUUUCCUUCUUAGCAGCCUGGUUCAUUUCCACAGUUGAAGGGCAGAGUCAGAAGUUAAAAUCCAUGCAUUGCAAUAUCAAGACGAUGUUCACCUUGACUACACCUUGCACCUCCUGUGCUGUGGCCACCAAAGUGGUGUGUCCAAAAGGGUGGAUAAAGAUGACCCAGGCGCUAGGAGAGAGAGGCUGCAGAUACACUGUAAAUCUUGAAGAAAACACCCUUUCCCUACCAGGGUGCAGUCACAUGUGUAAGAAGGAAGUUGAGGAGAAAAAAUGCUGCCCGGGAUUCUGGGGUACUGAGUGCUAUGAAUGCCCUGGUGGACCUGAAAAGCCCUGCAGUAGCCAUGGGACCUGUUUGGAUGGUAUAACGCGGAAUGGAACCUGCACCUGUGAGGGGAGGUAUGGCGGCUCUGCCUGCCAAGAUUGUCUGGAUGAGAAUCUGUUUGGCCCUGACUGUCAAUCAGUGUGUGACUGUCAGCAUGGAGUGUGCAACCACGGGAUCUCUGGUGAUGGAAGCUGUACCUGCCAUGGAGGUUACACUGGCCCGAAGUGUGAUCAAGAACUUCCCCAUUGCAGAGGUCGAGACUGCGGGAACAAUGGCCAGUGUGUGUUGGUGAAUGGGAAGGCAAUAUGUGACUGCAUGCCAGGCUAUAGAAAGAGUGGGAGCAUAUGCCAAGCUCAAGAUCCUUGUACUUCAUCACCAUGCUCCUCGUUAGCUGUCUGUAAGGCUCUAAGACCAGGAAAAUAUGAAUGCACUUGCAAAGAUGGUUAUCAUGGAGAUGGGAAGAUAUGCCAACCCAUCAAUCCAUGCAUUAUCAAUAACGGAGGCUGCCCUGAAAAUUCCACCGUCUGUAUCUAUAAAAGCCCAGGAAAGUCAUCUUGUGUGUGUAAGCCUGGAAUGAGUGGGCUGAACCCUUCAUCAGGCUGCUCGUUUGUCAGUGUCUGUCAGCGGUACUUCUGUGACGUGAGUUCAAAAUGUAAAAUCAGUCCAGAUGGGACUGCCAGCUGUGUCUGCAAAGAUGGGGAGAUUGGAGAUGGGAGAAGUUGCUACAAAAAUCUCAUGAGUGAGAUCUCUCAGAUUAAUACUCGAGGAAGAUGGUACAAGAAAUUAAACAGUGCAAACAAAAUGUUUGCUUCAGGGUGUUCUUUGGCACUGACAAAAUAUGGGCCUUUCACUGUCUUUGUGCCAAGCCUUCAACCGUAUAGUGAAAGAACUGACUUCAACGUCACAAUUGCCCAGCAUUUAUGCAAAAUGCAUAUAAUUCCUGGUCAGCAUUUGGUGGAAGAUAUGGUCAAGACCAAGACACUGUGGACAUUGUCUGGGCAUCAGCUGACGUUUAAUGAUCAGAUAAAGUCCUACACCAAGAGCUUUAGGUAUCAAGACCUGCCAGGGGAAUUGUAUACCAUCAUUCAGUCGAACAUACCAGCAUCCAAUGGAAUUAUACAUAUUGUUAACACUCUAAGGAAAACAACCAGCUUUCUCAACCUUGGAAAUCCACAGAAAACCAUUGGGGAGAUCCUUGCUUCAAUGGAGAUCUUCAGUCGAUUUGAAACUAUCCUGGAGAACUGUGGCCUGCCUUCGAUACUGGAUGGACCAGGACCCUUCACUGUGUUUGUGCCAAGCAAUAAUGGAGUGGAUAAGUUAAGAGAUGGGAGGCUUAUUUAUCUUUUUACAGAGGGGAUAAAUAAGCUUCAGGAGCUUGUGAAACAUCAUAUCUACACUGGAGCAGGGGUGACUGUAGAGAAGCUGACAAUGAUGCCACAGAUUAUAACCAUGGCAAACCAGAUACUUACCAUCAAUAUCACUGAAGAUGGGAGAAUUCUGUUGGAUGAUUCUGGGAUUCCCUUAAACAAGAGGGACAUUGUGGCAUCAAAUGGAAUCAUUCAUACCUUGGAUGGCAUCUUCAUUCCUCCUUCAAUAAUUCCCAUUCUGCCUCAGAGGUGCAAUGAAGAACAGCACAAAAUCAUUGCAGGCUCUUGUGUUGAUUGUGGGGCCGUGAACACCAGCGUUUGCCCACCUCACAGCACAAAAAUGGCUCAGGAGAUCUAUCCAAGUGAAUGUGUCUACAUCCAUGAUCCAUUAGGCUUGAAUGUCCUGAAGAAGGGCUGUGCCAGGUACUGCAAUCAAACCAUUUUGAAACCUGGGUGCUGCAAAGGAUUCUUUGGUCCUGACUGCACGCCAUGCCCUGGUGGAUUCUCCAAUCCAUGCUACGGCAGAGGGAAUUGUAGUGAUGGGCUGCAAGGGAAUGGCAACUGUCUCUGCUUUGAGGGUUUCAAAGGAAUAGCCUGCCACAUCUGCUCAAACCCAAACAAGCACGGGGAGAACUGUGAUGAAGAUUGCGGUUGCAUCCAUGGAAUUUGUGAUAACAGGCCAGGCAGCAGAGGAAAGUGCCAGUCCCGUUCAUGUAAGGAUGGCUAUACAGGGGAAUUCUGUGACAGGACUUCUCAGAACUGUGGCCCGACUGCAUCUCAGUAUUGUCAUCGGAACGCAGUCUGCAGUCUCAACAACACAGCAAGGUGCAUCUGUACUGAUGGCUAUGAAGGGGAUGGGUUUUCCUGCCUGCCCAUUGAUCUUUGUAGGAAGCCAGAACGAGGAGGCUGUUCAGAAAAUGCCAUAUGUACCAGUACAGGCCCUGGUACUGCUACCUGUCAGUGUAACAAGGGCUGGACUGGGGAUGGAAAAGCCUGUGUUGCUAUAGAUAACUGUGUGCUGGAGACAAGAGGGGGCUGCCACAUGAAUGCAGACUGCAGCUUUGUUGGACCUGGACAGAGCAAGUGUAUGUGCAAGAGUGGCUAUGCUGGUGAUGGCUAUAACUGUGACCCCAUUAAUCCUUGCAAGCUGGACAAUGGUGGUUGCCAUGAUUUGGCUGUGUGCGAGCCUCUUGGAGGAGGGGAGCGGUCCUGUGCUUGCGCUCCGGGUUACAUGGGAGAUGGACUUGUAUGUUAUGGAGAUGUAUUAAAGGAGCUGGCCAGGAAUUCCCACUUUGCAGGUUUCUAUGAGUGGAUUAAGAAGUCUCUCUUCAGCAUCCCGGCAGGAAUCAAUGUCACUGUUUUGGUGCCCGCAGAAGCUGCCAUCAAAAGCCUGAGCCAGGCUGAAAAAGAUUUCUGGCUGAAGCCCUACACACUGCCAUUUUUAGUCAGGGCCCAUUUUCUCCAAGGUUCCUUCACCAGUGAGCAGCUCAAAGAGCACAAGGGUGAGGAGUUACCCACUCUAAAUCCACGGACCAGAUGGGAGAUAACCAACAGCAGCGGCGCUAUAACGAUUCAGAAUGCAAUCAUUGUAGUAGCUGAUAUUCCUGCUAUUAACGGCACUAUUUAUAUCCUAAAUAAGGUUUUGUUACCACCUUUAGGAGAUAUCCCACCAAGUCGCCCCGGUCUGCAGCAACAGCUCGAUAUGGUCCCCGCAUUUACUCUGUUCAAGGAGUUGUUACUGCAAUACCAGUUGAUUGGAAAAAUUGAGUCCUCUGAAAAAUAUACCAUUUUUGUCCCAGGAAACAAUUCAAUUGGGGAAUAUUGCCACGCUUCCAACAUUACCCAACUGGAUAAUGACACUGUGCAGUACCAUGUUGUACUUGGAGAGAAGCUCUCCUCUACAGACUUGAAAAAUGGAGUCCAUAAAAGCACAAUGUUAGGAUUCUCCUACUGGCUAAUGUUUUAUAAAAACAACAACCAGACAUUUGUAAACAACGUCCGCUUAGACGGUAAAUUUUUCGAAACCAAGAAUGGGAUGUUGAUUGGGGUUUCUGGGGUUCUACAGAUUCAGAAAAAUCGUUGCACUGCCAAUACCACAGUGAUUCAGAAGUCAAGAUGUGCUAAGUGUGACAAGGGGUUCAAGUGUCCUUCCGGAUCGGUCCUGGCGGAAACUCCAGGAGAAGGAAAGAUGCCACACUGUUUACAUAAGUCUGAAUUUUCAGUAGUUGGUUGUUAUUUCACCUGUGUUAAAGUUUCCUUAGUCUCUAUCUGCUGUCCAGGUUACUAUGGACAUAUGUGUGAGAUGUGCCCAGGAAAGCCAGGCAGCUCGUGUUCUGGGAACGGAGUGUGCCAGGACGGCAUUACUGGCAGCGGGGAGUGUCGCUGUCAUGAAGGCUUCCACGGCACAGCCUGUGAGAUGUGUGAAGUGGGCAGAUACGGAGCGGGUUGUAAAUCAGUGUGUACUUGCAGAAAUGGAAUCUGUAAUGAUGGCUUGCAUGGAGAUGGGAGCUGCAAAUGUUUCCAAGGUUGGGAGGGCAUCACCUGUGAAAGAAGAAUUGGGAUUGAUUUGUGUAACAACACUUGCCAUCUGAUGGCCAAUUGCAUUAAUAGCUCUGUGGAUUCCCUGCCUAUUUGCUCCUGCUCUGCUGGAUACACUGGGAAUGGAACAUAUUGCUCAGAAAUAAAUCCAUGUGCGAUUGAUAAUGGCGGUUGCUCCAUAUAUGCAACGUGUACUAACGUCUCUGCUGGAGAGAAUACCUGCACUUGUAAGGAAGGCUAUGCUGGAGAUGGGACCCUGUGCCAGGAAAUCGAUGGCUGUCUAGAGCACAAUGGGUAUUGCCACAGCUAUGCAGAGUGCACUAAAACAGGCCCAAAUCUGGUUGCUUGUAACUGUCUUCCUGGCUACAGUGGAGAUGGUGUGAAACAAUGUAUCCCCAUCAACCUUUGCAGUGAGAAUAAUGGAGGCUGUAGUCGAUUUGGUGUCUGCAAGUACACUGGACCUGGGACUCGAAACUGCUCCUGUGGUUGGGGCCAAGUUGGAGAUGGGUUCACUUGCAGAGGCAGUGUGUAUCAGGAGCUCCUGAGAAGCGAAGCAGCAUCCGAGUUCUUUAAGCAGUUACUGGCCUUCAAAAUCAAGGAGUUAAGUGGAGAGGGGCCUUUCACCAUCUUUGUUCCACAUGCGGAUUUAAUACAAAACAGUACAACGUUCAGUGAAUGGACGAACAAAAGCCUCAUCAAAGAUUUGCUUCGCUAUCACAUAGUGAGUUGUCGGAAACUGCUGGCCAGCGAACUGGAGACGCACGAGUCCAUCACAGCUUUGUCAGGACACAAAAUAAGGAUUGUGGUGAAAGAGAAUAGUGUGCAUCUAAAUGAGGAAGCAACGAUCAUCACCAGUGACAUUGUUGGCAAGAAUGGGGUGAUCCAUAUCAUUGACAAGAUUUUAAUCCCAGCUGAUUUGCAGAGUCAGAACGUUUCUUCCCGUUUAGCGCAGCAAAGCAUCACUGAGGUGGCAGAAGCAUAUGGCUACAAAAUCUACAGCAAACUACUGAGGGUAAAUGGUUUGAAUUCUCUAGGAAUACUGUCUAGUUCUGGGCUAUGUGGCUCCUUCAUGCACACACAGCAUGUAUUUGUUGUUUCCAUGUUGUCUUGUGUCUCUGGACAGGAAGCAGAACUGCUGUCUCUGGUUAACAACUCUGCUCACAGACCCUUCACCAUGCUGUGGCCUACUGAUGCUGUAUUUAAUGCCCUGCCUGAGAAGAUGCAAACGUGGUUGUACAGUAAAGACCACAGGGACAAGCUGGCAGCCUAUCUCAAAAUGCACAUGAUUAGGGACACAAAGGUUGUAGCUGGUAACCUGCCACACAUUGCUUCUGUAAGGACCAUGCAUGGAUCCACCAUCUCAUUCAGCUGCAGCAAAAGCAACGUCGGGGAGCUCUUGGUGGACAAUGGCAAUGCCAAGAUUGUCCAGAGGCACAUGGAGUUUGAUGGGGGCAUUGCCUAUGGCAUUGAUCAGCUGUUGGAGCCCCCGAACCUGGGGUCCCGCUGUGAUGAUUUCCUCUCCGUUGAGCUUAGGGGUUCAGUUGAGAGCUGUGGUGUUUGUGGUUUCGAGCCUUCCUGUCCCGCUGGAUCAGUUCAACGGGGCAAAACCCAGCCUUGCUUUUAUUACGAAAAUCCAUUUUCCAGAUUCUCUUAUUUUUCACACCGCAACUAUCUGUUAUCAAGAUCUCAUUGGUACCCGUCAAUGUUUGAUAACGGCAAUCGCUGGCAUUCUCUUCGGAGGUCCCUGACAAAAGGGUGCAAGAGGGUCUGUUUCUCCACCAGCUGGGUACCACAGUGCUGUGCAAACCACUAUGGAAGAGACUGUCAUGUCUGCCCAGGAGGGCUGGAGGCUCCCUGCAGUAACCGUGGUACUUGUGAUGAUAGGAUCAAUGGGUCAGGACGAUGCAACUGCACCGAGGCUUUCAUUGGGACGGCUUGUGAACUGUGCGCGCCAGGCAGAUACGGGCCGGGCUGCCAAGAGUGUAAGUGCACAGAGAAUGGGAUGUGUAAUGAAGGACUGCACGGAGAUGGAAUCUGUUUUUGCACUGAGGAAUGGACAGGAGAGCGCUGUGAAAUCAAACUAGCUGCAACACCGGUGUGUUCCCCAGCUUGCCACCCCAAUGCCUCCUGCCGAGCUGAUAAUAUCUGUGAAUGCAACUUACAUUAUGAAGGAGAUGGAAGAACUUGCACAGUGAUUGACCAGUGCCGGGAUGACAAUGGAGGGUGCAGUGAGCAUGCCAACUGCACUCAGGUGGGUGUUCAGCUCUCCUGUACCUGCCUACUGGAUUACCAGGGAGAUGGCUACGUCUGCAGCCCCAUAGACAGGUGUGCAGAUGGCAGAAAUGGAGACUGCAGCGAGCACGCCUUGUGCUUCAGCACUGGGCCAAAUGCUCGGAAGUGUGAGUGCAAAGCGGGUUAUGUUGGCAAUGGAAUCCAGUGCCUGGAGGAAGCUGUGCCACCCACCAACCGCUGCCUGGAAAAGAACGGGCACUGCCACCCCGAGGCCAUUUGCACUGAUCUGCACUUUCAUGACAAAACCAUUGGCGUGUUCCACCUCCAGUCACCAAGAGGGAAGUACAGUUUCACCUACGGGGAGGCUGAGGCUGCCUGCAUGGCCGAAGAUGCUGCGUUGGCCACUCUCCAGCAGCUCUCGGCAGCUCAGCAGAUGGGUUUCCAUCUGUGCUUAGUUGGUUGGCUCAAUAAUGGCACCGCAGGAUACCCGACUGUGUACCCGACCGCCAGCUGUGGCUCCAACCACAUUGGCAUUGUGGAUUAUGGCUCCCGAAAAAACCUGACUGAGAGGUGGGAUGCUUUCUGCUACAGAGCUAAAGAUGUGAGGUGUAAUUGCAGAGAUGGGUUCAUUGGAGAUGGCUACUCCUGCAGUGGAAAUCUCCUGGCUGUGCUGGCUGAACACUCCAACUUUUCAAUCUUCUAUUCCAUGUUACUGGAUUACACCAACACCACGCAGGAUGGACUUGAGUUCCUCAAUUUCCUCUCCAAUGACACCGCAUAUAAAACUCUCUUUGUACCCUUGAAUUCUGGCUUUGGGGUCAAUAUGACAUUAACAUGGGAGGAAGUAAAGCUCCACGUCUCCCUGAGUGAUGUUCUCCUCUUGAGCUUCAAUCUCACCCACGGUACUGUUAUACCUUCCUGCUCCGGCUACAACCUUCUCAUUGCAGACGCUCCCCUGCUGAAUAGCACGCAGCCCCCUGGUUCCAAAGUGGUUAAUAAUACCCUGAUCGUAGAGUGGGACAUUCUGACCUUCAAUGGAAUCAUUCAUGCCAUCGAGGGGCCGCUUAGGAUGCCUCAGCAGCCUGUGCAUCUGGCUCAGGUUACUAAUGCUAUGAAAUCAUCUCAUCCUGUGACCAUUGGGGUAACAUCAGCUGUUGUCGUAGUGCUGCUGCUAUUAGCUGUUGCUGGAGUGUCCUAUUACUACCAAAAAAUAAAAAACCGAGGAUUCCAGUUCCACUACUUUCAGGCUGACCUGGAAGAGGAAGAGCAAGCCAGGAACCCGCCCUUAGUGUCUUUCCCAAAUCCUAUCUUUGGGGCCCAGAGUUUGAUGUGUGAACCAUUUGAGGACUCUUUGAGGGGGGAAGAUUUUUCAGACACCCACAGAAUUCUUGAGUAAAGCAUACAGCAAGCCAAACAAAGGGGAAAAACCUGCAUGCUAGUGCUAAGUGAAGCUUGCCCACAUGUCCUGCAAGGGUUAAGCAGAUGAAGAGUGAGCUAAUGGUUAACAUUAAACCAAACAAGCUCAUCAGCUAAGAUACCUCAGUUGAAGACAGACAUACCUGCAGUUACUCUGAUUAACGAAUGUCCUUGUUGAUGCAGUUAAGAAAAUCUCUACUGGAACAGCAAAUGUGUGACUCCAAGCUGACAGUUGGAGCUCUGCACUGAUAUUCUUCCAUAGCUGUAGGAGGGGAAACUCACUGCAGACAUCUGAAGAACAUUGCUUUAAAAUAAUAGUACCCUGUGUAAAAUAUAGCCAGUACUACACAGUCAUAAUCCUCCAGGACUAAGUUACAUAUAUAAAAUAGAAUGUGGAUGGAAUGGCACACAGCAUCUGAUAGCUGGAAAAACAGUCUUGUCCGAAAACCUAAUGAUGCUAAGCCUUUGAAGUGGUGAGCAUGACAAACUGCUUUUUAUUCAGCUGGUAUGUUUGCUUUAAUCAAGUGAUGACUCCUCAAACAGGCUUAGACUGAAGUCUGUGCACAUUGCACUGUUUUGUUCUAAAAGUGCAGUUUAUGGAAGAACUACAAGUCUCCUUGUCAGAUUCUCAGCUGUUAGAAUUGCAGUUGCUAAGUGAAACCAGAUGGUAAAUCAUUGUCAUACUAUGAUAUUGUUUAUUUACCAUACAUAUAUAGAAGUUUAGAAUAAAAUAACCUACCACUGUGAACUAGACAAUGAGCUACAGCAAGUUAUUUAGACAAGAACUUCAACUUGCUACAUUUCAAAUUAUUCUCAAACCCACACAACAACAAUUGCUAUGUUAAAUUUUCAGAGAGCCAUAGUGGUAACAUUUUGAGUAACAAACAUCCACUUGGGUUUCCUAUUUACCAACUACAUCAAAUUUGGGUGGCUAUAUUAUGGGUCUUCAAAAGUCACAGCUUUGGCAAAGGCAUCUAGAUGAUGCCCAGUCUAUCAAGUGGUAAAGUUGCCACCACUAUCUCCAACAUAACAUGGCAGGUGCUCCUACAGCAGCGGAAACAUUCUUCUCUUGCAGCAUACACAUUACAAUUCGAGGGUUACAGAUCACAACAGUCACAGCCCAAGACAUUGCUAUAUCAUGAGACUCCUACUGCAUUCUCUAGUGAUGUAAUGUUUAACAAGUUAUUUACAUUAUGUUUGAACACCAAAAUAACGAGCAUUAAAGGUGGAAUUGUUAAAUGGCUUCUUGAUUUUUUUUU